GUUGUGCUGUCUUGGUGUUCUUAGAGUGAAUUAUCCUUUUCUGGAAACCUGCCAGACAAGAUUAAAAUGUGGGGAGACCAUCGACAAGGCAACAGAAUGGGAUCUUUUCGUGGGAGCCAAGAAGAAAGGUUUGCUCCCGGGUGGAACAGGGAAUAUCCUCCUUCCCUUGAUAGUCUUGCUCAAGAAAGACACUCUGGCAACUUCUCUGGCAGAGAAUCACUUCCUUUUGAUAUCCAGGCACUCACAGGCCUCCUCAAUCCUCAGUUUGCCAACAGAGAGCAACCUUCUUUCAGCUUUGGAGCUAGAGAUGGACCAUGUAGUGACUUCAGAGGUGGGGAGGGUCACCAUGAUUUCAGGGGCAGAGAUUUCCCGCCAUCUGACUACCAGGGUAGAGAUGAGUCUCAGAUGGAUUUCAGAGGCAGGGAGCCCCCCUCUUCUGAGUACAGGGGCAGGGACAUGUACUCUGGAGACUUCCGGGAGAGAGAAGGGCCACCUAUGGACUUCAGAGGUGGGGAUGUUCCCCCAGUGGACUACAAGAACAGGGAGACGUUCCGUAUGAACUACAGGGAUAGGGAAGCACAUAACAUGGAUUACAGGGGCAGAGAUGAACCUCCACCAGACUUCAGGGGAAGGGGGUCUUUUGAUCUCGACUUCAGAGGUCGAGAUGGAUCUCACUCAGACUUUAGGGCGAGAGGUGUGCCCGAGUUAGACUACAGGGGCAGAGAGCAUUCCUAUUCAGACUUCAGGAACAGGGACGUACCGGAUUUGGACUUCAGGGGUGUGGGCGCCUCCGAUUUGGACUUCAGAAACAGAAACACACCGUCGUCAGACUUCAGAAAUAGGCACAGGUCCCGGUCUGAUCAGGAUUUUAGGAGCAGAGAUGUGGCUCCUCCUAUGGAUUAUUCAGAUAGGGAAAUGCCUCCUGUGGAUCAAAGCCUUGCAGAUUUUAGACGCAACCAAUCUACUGUACCUUUAGCAGAAAGAGAGGGCUCUGGUUUAACCACCAGCAAGAGAGAGGAGCCUGCACUUGGUCUAGACAGAACUCCCUUUGGUAGCCAAAAAGGAGAAUUUCAACACUCAGAAGCACCAGCCAGAGAAGAGGAAUCCCUUGGAUUGGGUCUCGAAGAUGACUCUUCACACAAUUUCCAGAAUAGCCGUGGACCUCUUCCUGCUCUUCAGGACCAAGAGGAGCAACCCCAGACCUUUGCCAACAAGCAGCAACAGCAGCAGCAGCUUUCUGGGGGCGAGCAGCAAGGAUCCGAGUCUGAUCUUGUGUUAAAGGGUGAAGGUGAUCUGGAUUUCCUUGGAAGGCAAGACACCGACUACCGAAACAUGGAGUAUCGCGAUGUGGAUCACCGGCUGCCAGGGCAUCAGAUGUAUGAUUAUGAACAUGGCAAGUCCUUUUCAGAAGGAAAACCCAGCAAAGAUUCUAGGCCGUAUAAGAGCCUUCAGGACCAAGAUUACCGGACCGGUCCCAAAUAUGUGAAGCCAAGCAAGCUCAUUCGGCUGGGAGGAGUGCCUGAAACUGCCACAAAGGAUGAUAUUCUCAACGCUUUCCGAGGGCCUGAUGGGACACCGGUGAAGGACUUGCGACUGAAAGAUUACAGUUCAGGUUACGACUAUGGCUAUGUCUGCGUGGAGUUUUCACUCUUGGAAGAGGCCAUCGGAUGCAUGGAAGCCAAUCAGGGAACUCUUUCCAUCGGUGGCAAAGAAGUGACCCUUGAGUACACCCCGUGCCCAGAGUUUUGGCGCUGCAAACGUUGUAAGGUGUGUACUGUGGGCUACAGAUCUUCCUGUUCCUAUUGCAAGCUCCCAAGAGAUGGGAGCAGAGCAGGCCCAGAGUCCAGAGGUGUUUCUGAGGGAGAGGACGCACCAGCUGAGCAAGAAUUCACAGAGACAAAGCUUGAAAAACCUGAGCAAGAGUUAUCAGGACAACCAGGAUCUCCAAAGCAGCCUCUCCAGCCCUCGGUUCCUGCUCCACAGCAAGAGUGUCAGCCUCAGGAACAGGAGCCAAGGAAGAGGGAUGAAGGGCAAGAGCGGCGGCCCUCACAGGAGAGGAGAAGGGACAUGGACCGGCACCAGGAGCUGCCUUCUCAGAGAGAAGCAGAGGAAGCCACGCCACAGGAUGGCGGAGGAAGCAGAACGAUUAUGCUGAAGCGCAUUACUCGGUUCACCCCCCCCGAAGUGAUCGUGGGGCUCCUGGCCCCCUACGUGCGUCUCUCCACCUCCAGCGUGCGCAUCAUGAAGAACAAGGCUGGGCGGAUGGGGCAGACCUACGGCUUCAUUGAACUGGAUUCACAUGCUGAGGCACUGAGGUUGCUAAAGAUUCUGCAGAAUCUGGAUCCCCCCAUCUGCAUUGAUGGACGUACGGUGGAAGUGAACCUUGCUACUGGGAGGAGAAGGAAUGACUAUGGGGAGCACAGUGACAAUUCCUACUAUGGCCCGGGCAGAAGGGGCAUGAGAGACAGGAGGGGCGGCGAAUCACAGAGACGCACCAGAGCACAGUCUCCAUCAGAUGUGUCCACAUACAUUUAUGAUCCUGAAACUGGGAAUUACUAUGAUCCCAUAGCUGGGACGUACUAUGACCCCAGGACACAGAGAGAAGUCACGAUAGACCAAGAGGGCUGCUCGUCACCUACGGAGAGCAGAAGGCGACGGCAUGGGAGCCAAGAAUGGGCCAGUGGAAGGAAGGAGCCACACAGCAGGGACAACAGGGACAAAAAGGAGAAAGGGAAAAGUACUUCUGCUAAGAACGAGCCUGGAGAGGAGAGGUGCUUUGUAGAAGAUGUCUUCAAAAAGCCAUUGCCUCCCUCUGUGAAAAAGGAUGAGAGUGCAGGCCCGAAUGAGACUGGGGAGGAGAAGUUCUCUGCAGAAGAUGUCUUUAAAAAACCUUUACCUCCCUCUGUGAAGAAGGACGAGAGCGCAGCCACGCCCAAAGUGGUGAACCCUCUGAUAGGACUUCUGGGAGAGUACGGAGGGGACAGUGACAAUGAGGAGGAGGAAGAGGGUCAGGAUCAGGCGCAGUGGCUGCUGCCUCCCCUCCCGCCAGCGCAGCGGGAGGACCAGCCGCAGAAGGCCAAGGUGGGCGAGGACAAGCUGACCGACUGGAACAAGCUGGCCUGCUUGCUCUGCCGGAGGCAGUUCCCCAACAAGGAGGUGCUCAUCAAGCACCAGCAGCUUUCCAACCUGCACAAGCAAAACCUGGAGAUACAUAUGAAGAUCAAACGAUCUCAGCAGGAGCUGGCAUAUUUGGAGAAGAGGGAGCGUGAGGGGAGAUACAAAGACAAAGGAAAUGACCGGAGAGAGAAAUUCCAGCAGAUGGAUUCACCAGAGAGGAAGCGACUCAGAUACGACCGGGACUCGGAGAGCGACUGUGACCCAAGGAUGGAUAGUAACAACAAAGGGAACCGAACGUUUCAGUCCAUGGGGUGGAAGAAGGGCUUCGGCCACAACCAGCAGGGCACAGCAUCACCAGCGGAGGCAGAAAAUCGGAAGAAGGGCCCUGGCCUGGGGGUGCAGGGGAAGCCCAGCAAGAGGCAGUCCAAUGAGACCUACCGCGACGCCGUCAGGAGAGUGAUGUUUGCCCGCUAUAAGGAACUCGAGUGAAGGGUGGAGGAAACCCCAAGCCUGUCUCUCGCCAGCUCUCUUUCUCUCUGUGUCAUGUUCUUUUGGGGUUUUUUUUGUUUGUUUGUUUGUUUUGUUUUUUUGAAUUGUUACAGGUUUUGCUGCUAGGAUUUUUUUAAUAAAACCUAAAAUUUGUCA